UGUUGCGCUGCUGUACGAGAGAGACACGAAUAGUGAGGUGUGAGUGAGAGAAUCGAGUUGAGAUGGCGUUAAAAGUAUACCUCCGUCUCAUUCUCUCCUUAAUCAACAGCGCCAAAAACUUGCAGCGGAAAUUGUGGAAACUUGAAUCAAAACAUCAUUUUAUGACUUUUCAGGUCAUUCCGUUUUCUUCUGGAAAAUUGUGAUUUUCCCAGGGAAAUCUUGUGAAAACCAUCUGGGACGAUGACUCUUCUCGUUGAGGACUAUGAGCAGCAGUAUUCGGCGUUAAUUGCAAAGAUAACAGCUCAAAUCUCGCAUCUCAACAUUGCUCCCAAAAGUAGCCGCAAUGAACUGAUCCAGACCAUUACAACAAAUUGCGAGGAAGCCAGAGAAUUGCUGGAACAGAUAAGCCUGGAAAUCAGGGAUGCACCACCGGAGCAAAGAUCUGGAUUAUCCAACAGAGUCAGUUGCUACGAAGUGGAGCUCAAGAGGCUACAGCAGGAGUUCACAAAAUGCAAAAAUAGCUCAGCUGGAGCAUCAAAUUUCGAGUCUGAUGAUGAUUUCGAUGAGAUUGGCUUUCAAGAUGAUGCAAAGAGGCGUCUUUUGGACAAUUCUGAGAGGCUGGAAAGGACUGGGAAGCACCUAGAGGAGGGCUACCGAAUUGUACUUGAGACUGAAGCUCUGGGCACCAAUAUCCUGCAGGAUUUGUCCACUCAGAGAGAGACUAUUCAGAGAUCCCGUUCCAGGGUCCAACAAAUGGACGUGGAGCUGGGAAAGUCAUCGCGUAUCCUCAACUUCAUGAUGAUGCGUUCGCUAAAGGAAAAAAUAAUCCUGGCAGGAGUUGGUGCUGUUUUCGUUAUAGCUGUUACUCUAAGUAUUUAUUAUUCUGUAAGAAAGUAAUUC